CUCCCCCAUUGGUGCGCGACGUCACUUCCCUCCUGCCCGCCGUCGCCGCUCUUACGGGCGCCGUUCGGUAUAUUUAUAUGUCGCACACCCUGUGGUCACUCUCAUAAGCAAGAAGUAGUAGUAGUUUUAUCCUAAAACCGUUCGCUGUUCUGCGGCGUGAAUAUAGUCAUCUUUCGCAGUACAUUUUACGACAUAUUUCAAGCUCUUCCGCCACUCCUACCUGUUUCUACUUUUUUGGAUAAAAACCCCACAGUUCCAUUGCUUAGGAAGGAGCCAACAGUGACAGCGCAGACUGCCUCGCGACAUAUAACAACCUCAAAAAUCAGAAUAACAAGGGAAGAUGAAGGCCUAUCUCUACGACGACCUUCCUGGCGACCAGCGGCUGCCGCACGACUCGGGCAAGGCGGUCGGGACGGACGAGCUUAGCCAGAUCGGCGUGCUGUACUUCCGCAUCGAGGAUAUUGACGGGGUGAACCGGCUGGCGGCCGAGCGCGGCUAUAAGAACCGCGACGAGAUCACCGUGUCGCCGGCCAAGAUGGGCGACGUCUACGAGGCCAAGGUUAAGUCCUUCUUCGACGAGCACCUGCACGAGGACGAGGAGAUCCGCUACAUCCGCGACGGCCACGGCUACUUUGACGUGCGCAGCAAGGGCGACCAGUGGAUUCGCAUCCAGCUCGACAAGGACGAUCUGCUCAUCUUGCCGGCGGGCAUCUACCACCGCUUCACCACCGACGAGACCAAUUACAUCCAGGCGAUGCGCCUCUUCAAGGAGGAGCCCAAGUGGACGCCCCUGAACCGGUCUGCUGACGUGGACGGCAACCCGUACCGGAAGGAAUAUGCCUCCCAGUUCCUUUGACGAGCCAGGAUUUUGAGCGCUGAAUAAUAACAAACAAACCGAAAUGAAAAAGAAGGUGAAACAAA